UCACAACGUUGUCUGCUCGCAGUCCGUUACAACCAGCAGCUCUCGAAUACGCGGAUACCCGCGAAACUAAAAUUAAACACGCGCUUGGAGAGUAGGUGACCCUCCAGUCUACACCCAACUCAUAAGCAUGAACUUAACUAAUUUACACCAUUCCAGCACAAGUCAAAAACCAGGGUUCUUAAUUUGAUCGAACCUGAUUUAUUCUGAUUACUUUCAUAUGUUGCUUUGUUUGUUUGGUUUGUUUUUCACACAGUGAUUUCAACACAGUGAUUUGUUGUACAGGGUGGAGUAGCGACGCUGCGACGAUCAAGAACGGAUCCCAAUCCACCGGCUCAGACAACUGUGAUUUGAACACUGCCCUGAGGAGAACUCCGCAAAAAUGAACUUGGAGCAGCUGUCGGACGACUUUCUACUGACGGUGCUGCGGGAACUCCCCCUCCGAGACGUUCUCGAGUGCCGCCGCGUGUGCCGGAGGCUCGGGGCCCUGGCCCUCCAUCCGCGCGUGUGGCGGCACCGGAUCUUCGGCACGGCCGACCCGCUGCGGUUCCCCGCGCUGCGCGUGGCGCCGUGUGCCGCGGGCAUCACCAUCUACCUGCCCAAGCCGAAGCUGUUCCCGCUGUACGGCUCGACCAGGUGCGCGGUCGCGGCGCUCACGCUUUUGGUGAAGGCGGGCGGCUUGCCGCAGGCCGCCGCGGUGAUCCGCCACCAGCAAGAGCUCGGCCGGCUCAACCAGAUUUAUCUGACGCUGAUUUCGAGUAAUGCCGGUGAAGACGAGUUCGUGCUGCUCUGGACGGCAGCGUCGGUGCCCGGGCUGAAGUCGUUGACCGUGUCGUGGCACAACGACAGGGAAUUCGACCGGUGCCCGAUGGUCUUUGGGCCGGUGUUUCAUUCCUCCCUCAAGUACUUCUACUGCUGGGUAGGUCCGGGACUGGAGCUCUUUUUCAACUUCGUGCUGGACGGCCAUGCUUCCACCCUGGAGGUGGUGGACCUCGUCGGCGGCGACCUCACGACCGUGACUUCGCCCUCGACGGCGCCGCUCCUCGCCAGCUUGCCGAAGCUCCGCCGGCUUGCCUGCCCUCCCCUGCCCGACAUGGAGGCGGUGGCAGCCUGCGAGCUGCUGCGGGAGAUCCUGCUGUACGUGACAACGCCAAGCCUGCCGUUUGCACCGGCGGCCGCGGUGUUUCUGGGGAACGCGAAGCAGCUGACCAAAGUGAACCUGAAGUAUCAUACCGAUUCCAGCAACACCCACGCCAAUGACCUGGUCAGGGCGUUGGUCUUGUCCGGACCCUCGCGAGUAGAGUCGUUAACGAUCAGUACCGAAGACGGCUAUUUGGAAUUCCCUCAGCUGCAGCCGCUGCCCCACGCCCUGCCGCUGAUGCCGGCGCUGCGGAAGCUGAGUGUUUGGGCAGCGCCCGAUGAACUCCUGCUGGCAAUCACGCCCGCCACGGCUCCGGCCCUGCGGACGCUGAAGGUGUUCCCGCUGGGGCCGAGAGACCAGGAUAGUGGGUGCGCGCACUCCUGCCUGCACAGGGAGCCGAUGCAGACCGUCUUGUCGAGGAACCCGGCGCUGACGCUCAUCGCGUACUGCUCCUACUACUGCGGUCCGAGUUUAUCCUGCGAGUGGUGCGAGGAAGGCUGCCACCGAGAGGUGUGGAGGAAGGAAUGGGAGGGCGGAUGGGACGGGAGUGGCUGGGCGGUCGACGAAGGUGACCCCUGUCCGCUCACUGAUUGGAUCCCCAUCCCUAGAAUUAGAUUCUGUCGUUAGUGAUUGAGUUCGUUCAAACGAAAAUUUUCGUUGAUUUAACGAUUUAGUUAAUUAGUACUUUUGCAUAUGAUUUAUGGAAAAUUUGUUUAGAUUUACGAUGCCGAGGUGUAGUUUUAUUUUUGUUGGCGUAUACACACCUGCAAUUGAUUAACAAAAAUUACUUUGGUCACAACUGAUUCUUGUUCAUUUUUCUCUUUCUCGUGGCCAUUUUGAACAAAAUGAAUUACACAGAUAGCAGUUGACUUUGUAAUGGAAACCUUGUGGAUCAGGGAACAUGUCACUUGCCUUUUAUCUAUAUAUUUCGAAUUUAAGUGUAAUAAGACAAUUUUUUUUUAAUUAUUUAUUUUCAUAAUUUAUUUUUAUGAUUCAGACGUGAUCUAACUCUUGUAUCCGGACAUGCUCGUAACUGGUGUGCUCUAUGUGUGUCAACAUUUGACGUUUGCCUGAAAUAAACUUGGUUAUUACCAAGAUCAAGUUA